AUGUCGUCUUCCUGCAUACCAACCGGCCUGCGGCUGGACCUGGACAUGGUGAAGGCGGCGGCGUCACCGGGCGCGCACUCGUCGCCGCUGCGCCCGGUGCACUCGUCGCCGUCGUCGACGCUGUCGGAGGCGUCCAACGCCUCGUCGUCGGCGACGUCGGUGUCGCUGAAGCGGGCGCGCGCGCCGCGGAAGCGGCCGAACCAGGCGUACAACGAGGCCGCCGCGCUGCUGGCGUCCAUCCACCCCUCCGUCUUCCCCGUCAAGAAGAGCCCCAAGACGGGGCCGCCGCGCCCGCCGUCGCGGCAGCUCUCCGGACUCGCGGCAGCGUUCGACGCCUCCUCCGAUCUCCUCCCGCCGCUCCCCGUGCUCGCGGACUCCGCAUUCCUGCUCCGGGACAUGCCCGCGCCGUCGCCGUCGCCGCAGCCACAGCCGCAGAGCCCGUCCGGCGGCAAGAACUGCUCAUCGCCGGCCCCUGUGAGCAGCGCCUUCCGGGACUUCCGCGACCCGGCGCCGUCACCGGCGAGCCCCGACACGGUCGACGUGGACGAACUUGGUGAGAUCGACUUCGACGACGACGGCUUCGACGCCGAAUCCAUUCUCGACGUCGACGAGGCCGCCGCCGGCGCCGCGGCCGAGGGCCUCGACGGCAUCAUGGGCAGCCUCACCGUCGAGAGCAACAACACCGCCACCACGUCCGAUGACUCCAUCCUGUCCAGCUCCGGCAUACACCCUUACCUCAGGAGCCUCAUGGUGGUCGGCCUCGCCGGCAGGUUCGAGCUCGGCCUCGGAUUCCGGCACGGUGCUCGGCCCAACCUCAACCGCGCACUGAAGCGGCGGGACGACGACGGCGCCUGGUGGAUGUGGCCGGCAGUGCCGGUAAAGGACUUGACGAUUGCACCACCGACACCGCCAGCACCGCCGGCGUCGAACGCCGCAAUGCCACAGGCCGCCGCCGCGCCAGAGAAGAAGAAAAGCAAGAAGAAGAAGGUGGUGAAGGUGGAGAAGAUCAUGGCGAAGAGAAAGGAGGUGCUUCCCAACGCGAAAUGCAAGGAGGAGGAAGCUGACGCCUCUAUUGAUGCCGCUAAUGGCGACGGUGACGCUGACAGUACGCCGACGAAGGCGCCAAAGACCGGGUUGGGGCUGAAGCUGGACGCCGACGAGGUGCUCAAGGCGUGGUCCGACAAAGGGUCCAUGUUUGCCGAGGGCAGCGGGCCGGAGUCGCCGACAUCGGCCGCCGAAGUGCGGGCUAAGCUUGCAGACAUCGACCUGUUUCCGGAGAAUGGAGCUGGUGGUGGCAUCAGGGAAGCCAGUGUGCUGCGGUACAAGGAGAAGAGGCGCACCCGGCUCUUCUCCAAGAAGAUCCGGUACCAAGUGCGCAAGGUGAACGCCGACUGCCGGCCUCGGAUGAAGGGAAGGUUUGUUAGGAGCCCAUCUCUUCUUCAACAAGCCCUGGAGGAAGAGAGCUAG